GGCGUUCACCGUCGGAUUUCUCGCAACGGGAUCGACAAUUGUGGUUCUGUCGAAGUUUGAAAUGCACGUUGUGCUAUCGGCGAUCGAGAAGUACCGCGCGACUCUCGUCCCGCUCGUACUGCCGAUACUGCUGGCGAUGGUGAACGGCGCCGACCAGAUACGGAGGAAGUACGAUUUGAGUUCGAUGAAAACGAUUAUGUGUGGUGGGGCGCCGCUGAGCAAGGAGAUGGUAGAGGGGUUUGUGGAAAAGUAUCCAACGGUCUCGAUUCUUCAAGGGUAUGGUUUGACUGAGUCAACGGCGCUGGGGUCGUCAACAAACUCGCUGGAAGAGAGUCGGAGGUACGGUGCGGCGGGACUAUUAUUGGCAAGCAUGGAGGCCAAGAUUGUGGACCCAGAUUCCGGUGAGGCAUUGGGGGUUAAUUGCUCCGUUUAUUUCAGGAAUGCGGAUGCUACGGCUACAACUCUUGAUUCAGAGGGAUGGUUGAAGACUGGAGAUCUUUGCUACAUUGGUGAAGAUGGUUUCAUUUUUAUAGUUGACAGGUUGAAGGAAUUGAUUAAAUACAAGGGAUAUCAGGUCCCUCCUGCAGAACUAGAAGCCUUGCUGCUUACUCAUCCUGAUAUAAACGAUGCCGCUGUCAUACCGUAAGUCUCAUUAUGUUCUAAUCAACAUUUAGUUUGGUU